UGAACGCAACUCGACAAAUUUGUGUGCGGAGUAAACAAACGCUCAGAGAAAUUUAUUUGGCUCCGGGGGCUAAACUCUGUAAAUAUAUAUAUUUCUCAAAUGCCGUGGCGUCCAAGCAAGAGGUUUGCGGAUAGAUAAUUUAUUUCGGAGCUUGGAGAAGCAGUUUGCCUCGUAGUGAUACCUUGUAACCGUUAGCUAAAAUGCAUUUGUCUCCGUCGCUCUCCGUUGCUAGCACUAGCCUCUAGCUAGCAGCAAACGUUAUGCCCGACGACCCCACGGCAGCUGAUGGGAGUAGCGGCCGCCACUUCUUACGCUUUCUAUGCCACCCCAGUGAUUUCAGGAGAACCAGGCUGCUCAUUAGAUAGCUAGUUGCUUGAAGCCAAAAUAGAGUUUAAUAAUUGCCUUUUUACUUGGUGGACUAUUUAUCCAGAAUGGGAAUGUGCCUGCCGUGCCUUGGUGGAGCAGCGGACGACGUAGUGGUCACUCCAGACCCAGAGACCAGAAGAAGACAGCUAGCUGAUGCUGCUGAGAAGAGACAAAAAGAGACAACGUACAGGGGGGUUAAAAAUCCAGAAGCAGUGGAAAGGAAAAGGAAAAAGCAAGAGGAGGUCGAGAAACAAGCGAUGACGACCUCUGUGUCUGGUGGAGGUGGAGGCGGAUUAAAGUGGCAAGUGGGCUGAAAAUCUGGACUAGUCUAAACGCUGAUGCCCAAACCCCUUUGAAGGAGAAAUCACUGCUAGAUUACUUGAAAGAUGCUUAACCUGCUGACCACAUAACCACGGUUUCCUCUUCACUUCUGUCAGAUUUGAAGCAAAGCAGUCUGAAACGGUUCCAAACAAAACGCUGACUGGUUUGAACCUUUGGAGUGUGGAGGACCAGGUGAUCAUGAACAAGUCUCUCCUGGUCCUCCAUAUUGGAAAACCCAGGAAAUAAUUAAAAAUAAGUUAAAAAAUUCUUAUGUUUUUUUUAUUAUUUAAUAAGACACCUACCUAUAUUAAUUUAAUCCUGUAUCUAAGUAGGUGACUCAAGUAACCUGGUUUUUAAAUGCCACAUAAUUUUUUGCAACAUAAUUUGGUUAUUUUAAAAAGUGGAUUUCCUUCAGAUAUAUAUCUUUUCUAUGAAAAAUCACGUUUCUUCAAAUUAGAUUAAAAAUAUUUACGUUUGAUAAAGUCUGUGAACGCUCAACACUAAACUUCCAGAAGAGAUUUGAUUAAAGGUGAUAUAAUAUAAAUACAAGAUGGCAUAUAUAAACUAACAAGCAGAUUUCUUAGUUUACCCCAUUGGCUGUAUAUAGAGAACUGGACUGAGUGACCCCCCCCCCCCUCACAUUCCAAAUAAUAAGUACCUGCUGAUCCCAAAAAGCUGAAAUCACAUAGAUUUACUCAGUCAGAACAACCAUGUUUUGCUCUGAUACAUCUGUUUAACAUCAUCUUGCCAAUUCAAACAUUUUCAGGAUUUUUUUUGCUGUAGUGCAAGUAAUUCAAACUAUAAACUGACCAAUCACAUGCCCCGAUAAAAGUGGGUGAUCUUGCGUUGAAUGUUCAAAGUGUUUGACAGAUUCUCUUGAGCCCACUUUCAGAGGAAGGGGUGUGGCCUAACAUGCUCACUACUGAUUGGAAAGAUGUUGCCAUGGAGAUGUAGACUAAGACUGACACGGACCAAUCACGGUGAUGGACAUAUCCCAGAAAAAUGGUAACUGAAUUGACUUCUUUGGUUGGAACUGGAAGCAGGUCAUUCUCUAUGGGUGACAUCACACUUGCUCUGUCCAGUUCUCAUAUACAGUCAGUGGUUUACCCUAAAAUCCAGGUUACUGAAGCAUCUGGACAAACACCCAUGUGAGAUCACAUGAAGGCUCUUAUUUUGAAAUUUGGAAUUAUAUUUUUCAGUGUUUUGAGGCUUCACAAUUGAAGCUUUUUGUGGCCAAGUUCAUCUUUUGCUAAAUCCUCAAAAGUAGCAUUCAUCCAUAAUGGUUUUGCUUUUGACAGCACAGGAAGAAGUGCAAAUAUAUUUAAGCCUUCUGUUGAAUUAGCUGCACUAGUCACUAUUGAAUGUUGCUGAACAGCAUAUUGCAGAGAAUUUGUGUGUACGGGAAAAGUUAGGUGGGGUGUUGUUUUUCGAGUUUCUAAUCAUUGUUCUGUGAGCAAACACUGCCUGUUUCACAACCUGGUCUAUAUAUAUUCCAUUAAUUAUUUACAAUCUUAAUGGUUUGUUCAGAGACCUUUGUCUCAGCAGCAACAGGAAACUGAGGAGCAUAAAAAAAGAAGCCUCUGAAACGCCCUUCACUACGUAAAACUUGAAAAAAAAAACUGGUAGUGUGUGGACAAUAAGCUAGAGUUUGACCUAAUGCACUUCACCUGCUCAUAUACCAGUGUUUGCUUUAUGAAGGCCUUCUAUUUUUUGUAAUUUUCUAUGCAGUUUUAGUUUCAAUUAUUUGUGCUAAACACUAUCAUGAUGCCUAUUUAAUUAAAACUUUGGUUGUUUAUUGCAGCUUACACUGUGUAAACUGUGUAAACAUAUUUACAGUGACUUUGCGUUUCUAACAGCCUUCCUUUAAUCAUUGAAUGCUUCCAGAGCUCCUGCUGUUUUCUAGAACGCAAAAUUUGAUAUUUACUACAAUAAAUGAGUCAAAUUUCUGCCA